AUGGAAACGAACUCGACGGAGAGAUACAUCUUCAAACCCAACUUCCUGGGUGAGGGGUCUUACGGAAAGGUGUACAAGGCAUACGACACCAUACUGAAAAAGGAAGUAGCCAUAAAAAAGAUGAAAAUUAACAAAAUAAGUAAUUACAUCGAUGAGUGUGGAAUUAACUUCGUGUUACUUAGAGAAAUAAAAAUAAUGAAAGAAAUAAAACAUCAAAAUAUUAUGACCGCAUUGGAUUUGUAUUGCGAAAAGGACUACAUAAAUUUGGUGAUGGAAAUUAUGGACUACGACUUGGCAAAAAUUAUUAAUCGAAAAGUAUUACUAACAGAUAGCCAAAAAAAAUGUAUCCUUUUGCAAAUUUUGAAUGGCCUGAAUGUAUUACAUAAGUACUAUUUUAUGCAUCGAGAUUUAUCACCUGCGAAUAUCUUCAUUAACAAAAAAGGGGAAGUCAAAAUUGCAGAUUUUGGAUUAUCCUCCAAGUAUGCAUAUGAUAUGUACGUAGAUACGUAUUCAAAAGAUAAACAUAGUAAAAGAGCGUUAAAUUUAACUAGCAAAGUUGUCACCCUAUGGUACAGGGCACCCGAAUUGCUAAUGGGAAGUAAUAAAUACAACUCCUCCGUCGAUAUGUGGAGCUUUGGGUGCAUAUUUGCAGAACUUCAUUUACAGAAGGCUUUAUUUCCUGGAGAAAACGAAAUCGAUCAGUUAGGGAAAAUAUUUUUUUUGUUGGGGACACCAAAAUUUACAAAGGCGAAUAAGAAGGACUUUAAAAACUUAUUUAAAAUUGACGAUGACGACUGUAUCGAUUUGUUAAUGUCUUUUUUGCGGCUGAAUUCACAUGAGCGCAUCACUGCGGAGGAUGCACUGAAGCACAAGUAUUUUUUUAGCGAUCCCCUGCCCUGCGAUGUGUCGCAGCUCCCUUUCAACGAUCUGUGA